AUGCUAAAGACAGCUCUGGGCCCUCGAGUGUCGUUCUAUGGGUUCGUGGUGCGGUCGCCGGCAGAACCAGUUUUAUUGAUCCUCAUUAUCAUUAAAAUUCUUCGAAUGUUCGAUAACGUGCAAUCCCCUAGUAUGGCUUCGAAGCCUGUCACGGUGAUCCACCAUGGUCAGGAGACUUCAGGAGAGACCACCGGCGGCUUGAGCGUACUGUUCACAAUGCUAUGUAUAGUGGACCUCUUUGGAGUUUUCCCAAUCGUGGCUUUGCCUAAAUGCGUCAUCGCUUGCGCGUCGCAAAGCCUGCAGCUGUUCUGGUGGAAGAUCACGGGCGGGAGCAUCGGAAUAACUUACUGCGUGUGGAUGAUCCUUAUCGGGCUGCUGCUGUGUCCCGUUAUGUGGCUUGGAUCGCCCAAGGAUAUGAAGACCUUAUCCUUAACAUCGGUGUGCAUCGUAUCUACAGUAGCAGCAACCACUUGGGCCUGUAUAGUUACGGACGAUGAGUCGCCGACCAGCUUAGGGGGUGUACUGGAUUAUAUACCUAAAACUUCAGAUUUUCUUGUAGCUUACGGAAUUCUUGCUUUCCAGUUUGACAUACACCCGAUGCUGCUAACGCUGCAAGUAGACAUGAAGGACAGUAGGCGUAUCAAUGUCGCCGUUCUCGGUGCCUUCAUAAUCACUGGCCUCAUGUUUAUGGUCACGUCACUGCUCGCCGCCAAUCGGUACGGAAACAGCGUCGAAAAUAAUAUACUGCAAGGUUUCUGCUUGCAACGCUGCUUACUACGGUCCAGUAUCGUCGCCCUUGCUGUUUUCCUCGGAGAAUCUGUACCACGAUUUGAUUUAGUAAUGGGGCUCGUAGGCUCCACACUAACUGGCCCCUUAAUGUUCAUAUUCCCACCUUUAUUUUUUAUAAAACUUUGUUACCUCAAAUCAAAUAAUGUAAAACAAUUUUCAAAGAGUUAUAAGCCGAAAGCUAAUGACGUCUCUUUCGCUGAUAUUUUACCCACGGGUCUUACUGAGGCACUGGCCAUUGAUUCGGGUAGCGAGGAAAGCGACGUUGAAGAAUACACUGAAGAGACUAUUCGUCAAAUUUUGGAGUCAAAUGACGAUGACAUUGAAGAAGAAGAAUUUCCGCCAGCAUUGACAGAUGGACGAAUAGACGAAUACUGGACUACGUAUACAUAA